AUGGCUAGUCGUGUUGAGGAGAUUCUUCUGGCGAUGGAAAAUGGUAAUGUUGAAUUUCUUUCCAAAAACCUCACACCACAAAAUGUUAAUUAUGUUGAUACGGAAAGAAGAAUGAGUUUGCUUAUGUGGGCUGUUGCCCUUAGAAAGCACUCUAUUGCUGAAAUGUUGCUUAAUCUUGGGGCCUCAAUGUAUCCUCGCGACAUGUUUCAAUUUAAUGUAUUUCAUUACUCGGCAUGGUGUUCCGAUGUAAAAAUGUUGGAAAUAUUAUAUUAUUCUACAUCUUGUUCUGGAGGCACAAGUACGGAUUUAAAUUGUUUAGGCCUUGCGCGCCUUAAAAAUCGGCAAUUCAGACUUGGGUCUAGGUCACUCGUGGACCUUCCCCACCCAUAUACCGGCCGCACACCUUUAAUGCUUGCCGCCGUGCGAGGGGAUGUUGAAAUGGUCGAGUUUCUGAUUAAGAAAGCCGGUUGCUCUCUUAGUGUGAGGGAUUUUAGAGGAAGCACAGCAAUGGACCUUGCCGCUUGUUGUGGACAUAAGGCCGUUGUAAUUUUGUUUUUGUCAAAUGGGGAUGAUAAUGCAGAUUUUGUUUUUGAAAGCACUAGACGCCAAGCUGAGGCAAACUGUGAAAAUGCCAUGACACUACAGCAGUUGGAAGUACAGAAAGAUUUGAAUCUUAUUUUGUGUCGUGAGUGGCUUCCACAGUCUCUAGUGGCUAUUUUAUGA